CUAACAUUGCUGUGAAAUCAAGCCUAAUCUUAACCAAGUUCGUAGCUUGAAAUCGUCAUGGUCUUACUGUUUCUAUACAAAAAAUGAAUGGAAGGUGCCUUUGCUUUUUGGUUUGGGAAACGGACUUUUUCUGUGCUUGGAUUUAUGGCUAAUAGAAAACAAAAUCAAAGGGAAUUAUUUGGUUACUUUUUUCCCCUGUAGUGAGAGCGACAGAUCUUGCUGCUCCCCCCACCUCUUCCUGUGACUUAAUCAUUUGCAGAUCUUGCCAUGGGGUGCGGACUGAGAAAGCUGGAAGACCCAGAUGAUAGCAGCCCUGGAAAAAUCUUUUCUACAUUGAAGAGACCACAAGUUGAAACAAAGACGGAUUCUGCUUAUGAAUAUGUAUUGCUGGAUUUUACUUUAGAAGCUUCCUCAAAUCCAGAAGUUAUCAAGAUCAAUUCUGUGUUGGAUAUAGCAUCUAAGGUGGAAGAAUAUUACAGCAAAGGAUAUGUUGUAGGAGCUGUUCAUCCUAUUAUAUUGCCAAUUGGACAUAGAAGGAAUUUUCCUGCAAGUCACAUGUAUCGAGUGGUACUUUCACGAUUAAAAUUAAGCCAGAAGCAUGUAGCACCCAGAGGACAAAGGCACCCCAGGCUGGUGAUUGAGGAAUGUCCUUUAAUGUAUGAAACAUUGACAAGUGAGGUGGUGAAAGAACUAUUAGAAAAGGUUAAUGAAGCUGCUAAAAGAGGAAAGAAGUUUGUGGGAUUUGUAAUGCAACAUUUUCCUCAACCUAAAGCCUGUAAUGGAACAAGCACAGAUGGAAGUACAGAGCUGGAAUCAGUGCUGGGCAGAAGAAAUAGGGAACACAGAAGAAAAAAUUCUGAUGAAAACUAUAAAAACUGGAAUGAAGGGACAUUGAGUGGUCACUCAUCUGAGAGUGGGAUAGAGGAAGAAAUGCAAGGAGACAGUGGUCUGUUACAGGAUGCAGAUUUCCAGUUUGGAAAAGAAGUCAGCUCUGUUAAACCACGAAAAGGAGACGACAAGCUCUACACAGUCUUCAAUGUUUUCGAUGAUGAUUCUACCUGCUGGACCUAUCAUGAAGGUGUUUUGUCUAUGAAAGUAACAAGAAAGGGGCCAGUUAUUAGUACACUGGAAGCAGACUGGCUAGAAUUAACCACAUUUUAUUAUAAACAAGGAUUGUCUUUAAUUGAUUCUUUUGUACAGUGGGAAACUUCUAAAGGUGAGUACUGUCCCAGGAUAUCUUGA